ACUUAGCAGGAUCCGUAUGUAUUUUGCAUAUAAAAGAAAACGAAACCAAAGAGGGUUUGUUUAGUUUCAUUUUCUUCCAUAAAACUGGACCGAUGCGUUAUGCCACCAGCGCUAAUGGAUGAGGAUGGAGAGGGAGGACUGGUCGGGGGGCUUCCUGGUGGCGCAGGAGGCCAGUGCACUGGUGGACUUGCUCUGCAAACAGGACAGUGGUGUUCUGGAUCGGAUCUUUGCCUUAGUGGAACCUAACGCAAUGGAUCAGCUACGGUCACUGACAAACAACAGAGACCUUGUCUCAGCCACUGUGGAUUACUUCAAAACGUCAGAACAUACCAUAUGUAGAAGGUUUCUCACCAUCAUAUAUCAGUACUGUGAAAACAUUCCCUUUCUUCUUGAAACUACACUGGUAUCUGUAGCAGAAAAUACAAUUGGAACAAACUUCAAUCAUACAAGUGACAAUGAUAAUUCUUCACCAUCACGAAAUGUGAAACGUCCACGACUAGAUCAUUUGAAGACAUACACAGAUGCUCUUAAAUCCAUGAUACUGCAAAAACAUGAGACAGUGACACAGGCUGUGUUAAAGGACAUCAGUCUGGGGGACACAUGGGUAUAUUUAAAACACAGGAACCCUCUUCGAGUGAAAGACAGGACCAUCCAGCCUCAAGCGUCUCUAGACAGUCAUGAAGGAGAAGAGUCAGAGCAUAAAGUGUCUGUUGAGUCUCUUUUGAAAACCACCAGCAGGGUUGUCGUGCUGCUGGGCCAGGCUGGAUCUGGUAAGACCCUGCUGGUGCACUGCCUCGGCCGUAGCUGGGCUGAAGGCUCCUUCCCCUCCAUUCACCUGCUGUUCCUGCUGGAGUUCCGGCAGCUCAAUCUUAUCUCACGAGAUCUUUCCCUGAAAGAUCUACUCUUUCUCUUCUAUCCUGCUUGUGAGGAUGAUGAGGAAAGCGAAGCAGUGUUUGAAUUCAUCCUCUCCAACCCUGAGAAGGUCUGCUUCAUAUUCGAUGGGUAUGAUGAGUUUCGUGCCAAGCUUACAAAUCCUAGAAAGCUUGAGAGCUUCAUUGACCCAAACAAACCUCUGCCAAUGACAGAUCUCCUCUCUGUACUGUGCAAUCGUAAAAUCCUUCCAGAUUGCACAGUUUUUGUCACCUGUAGACCACGAGAUGUGACAGACAUGUUUGCGAGCCCUGGUUUCAUAACCUGUGAGCUUCAGGGGUUUGACCGAUUGGGUGUGAAGGAAUACGCCGAGCAGUACUUUCAUGAAAAAGGAGAUGAAUUCAAAAAGAAGGCUGUAAACUUGUUAAUGGACAGCCGUCACCUCUUGUCAAUGUCGCAUGUACCUGGACUCUGUCAUAUCUGCUGUGUGUGUGUGGAUCAUCUGUUCUCCAGUGAUGGAUCUCAUACUGAUCUACAGCUUCCAACGUCCUUAACUGAAAUCUACUUGCAAAUCUUGUUGGCGUCCCUCAGACGCUUCAAUGGAGGUGGGGUGUCUGGUACACCUCUACUUCAGAGAUACAGAACUAAAAUUGUUGAGAUGAGCCAGUUGGCCCUCAAAGGACUAGAGGGAAGCACCAUAGUCUUCAUGGACACAGAAGUGCCUCCAGAACUCCAGGAUUUUGGCAUCAAAAGCGGAAUACUGUCUUGUGUCAAGCUGACGUGUGAGGAUGGAUCUUCAGGAAACGGUUUCACCUUCAUGCACCUUACAAUGCUGGAGUUUCUCGCUGCCCUCCACCUCAUGACCAGUCAGAACAUAACAGAGAGUCAACUUAAGAAGAAGCUUAACUUGAAAACCCGCUGGACCACCAAGACUGACCCAAAGUCUGUCUUUACAGAUUCUCUCCAUCUUUACGUAUGUGGGCUUGCUGCAGAGGUCUGCACCUCCAGUUUGGUCCAGCUUCAAGUGGCCGAGGGAGCCGCGGCUUGGGUACAAAGGCGCCAAGCUGUCGUCCGUAAUGUUUUGCUGGGUUUUGCUGGAAGUACCAGUCAAACAGGCCCCAAAAUUGUGGAGCUGUGCCGAUGCGUUCGUGAAACACAAGAUUCUAACUUGGCAAGAGCUGUUGGUUCGAGACCGCAGUUUGAACUGAGAAAUAUCAGACUCAACGCUGUUGACAUGGAUUCUUUGGCAUUUGUAACAGCAGCUGCUGAUCAGAAUGUAUGUCUGGACUUUGGUGGCUGUUCAAUUGACUUGGAUUGUUUGGAAAUCCUCCCUAGUUUCAAGAAUGUGGAUCGUCUCAUUUUCCGUAGCCGGAAAUACGAUGACAGGUUUGCAGAGGCUUUGUGUGGUAUCCUGUCUAAACUCCAGGCCUUGCGGCGAUUAGACUUUAUCAGUGGAGGCCUCACUGAUGUUGGAGCUGCAAAACUUGCCAGGGCUUUGGAGGACUGUCCCCACAUCACACACCUGGAUGUCAGCGAUAACUCCUUGAAAGAUGAAGGAAUAAGAGUGAUUGCGGAAACACUAUCCAGACUGCCCAACAUCUGCUCUGUUUUGAUGGGGAAAAACAUCAUCUCCACAGAUGGAGUCCUCACACUCAUUGAGAGGAUGGCUGCCUGCACCUCCAUUCAGGAAGUCCAUGUUGAGGGGAAUAAAGAGAUCAGCCUUUCCUUCUCACAAAGCUCUGACACAAUAUGUGAAAACACAGACUUGAAUAACACGGAAGAGACAAAGAAUGUAAGGUUUAAGCAGUGUAACAUCACCGUUUCCCAUGUAGCCAGUCUGUGUAAUAAACUCAAGGGCUUCUCCUUCAUAACCCUUUUAGAUUUGUCCUACAACUCGCUUGGUAACAAGGGCCUAAAGAAGAUUCUGGACCUUCUGCCUAAACUAGGAACAAUUCAGGAGAUCAAUCUCAGUGAAAAUGGUGUUGAUCUGGAUGGGGUGGUGAUGCUUGCUUCUGCCCUCUGUAACCAGAAGAACCUGAGGAGAGUGAAUGCAAGUGGAAAUGAAAAGAAAAAGUUGGUUCUUUGGUUUGACACCAGCAGAAGACAUGCUUCAAGACAGCUGACCCCAAGUGAAAAUGGGAUACAUGUGCAUAAAAAACUCAGUUUAACCCAUUGUGAUAUCCAACCUGACUACAUGGCCAAGCUGUGUAAGCAGCUGGUUAAAUGUGAAAACCUUUUGGAGAUUGAGUUCUCCCAUCUAAAACUAUCAAAUGAGUCUAUUGAGAAGUUAAUGUCGAUCCUUCCUGAAAUGUCUUCUCUUCAUCUACUGAACUUAAGUCAUGUUGACCUGUCUACAAAUGGGGCUUUGUUAUUGGUCAGAUCUCUUGCUGACUGCCAGCGUGUCACGGCUGUAGAACUAAGACACCAGGCAGAAGCAUUCAUCAAAUUUGGUCCUGAAAAAGCAGAGGCAGCAAUUUGCAAGCUCACAGAGUAUAAACUGAGCAAAACCAAUGUUGAGAAGCUCUCAAGGAUACUGGAGAACUGUCCUCGCCUAUCUGAACUAGUCUUGUCUCAUAACCUUCUCCGAGAUGAAGGGGUGAAAUGUUUUGUUGAUUAUUUGCCCAAACUAAAGAUCUCAAGCUCAGUGAGCAUCAGUGGCAAUCGAAUGACUCAAGUAGGUGCACUGGAUCUGGUCAACUCAAUGAAUACUUGUGAAAAGGUUGUUGCUGUUGAAGUCAGUCUUGGAGUGGAAGACCAGUCUUUCAUUCAUUUUGUGCAGGAACACGUCAACGACAAGACUCUUAGGUUAAGGGAAUGCAGUUUUGAUGUCAUACACUCGAAGAAGCUUGUGGAAAUCCUGAACAGAUGCCCUAGGCUACUUACAUUAGAAUUGUCUUCUAAUUCACUGCAGAGUCAAGGCUUUUUACUGGACAGCCUGGCUGAGCUCUCCACAAUCCAUACUGUGAAAUUAAGAAAUAAUGGUUUGAUUUCUGAGCAAAUAGAGUAUUUUGUCAAACAGUUCAGUAGAUGUCACCAACACAGAGACAUCAGGAUUGAAGAGCCAUGGCUGACAGGAAAUGAUGUUAUCAGUCUCAUUGCCAAAUGUCUGAAUCUGCAGCCACACAUCAGAGAAAUCAGGGUCAACCGUGCUUCCAUAAACAUCAUUACAGAGGCCAAUUCCAGUCCCAGCUCCACUUCUAUAGUUCAUCCUGAAAAUGUCUCACCUGCUCUGCAGACCCUUAGCUUUGAUGGCUGUGACAUAGAAGGACAGCAUCUCACUCCUCUGACAUUUCCCAUCCAGAAAUGUCUUGGCUUGGAGGUUUUAAAGUUUUCUCAGCUUAAAGUGGACCGAAAAGGCGCAGAGUUUUUGUCUGCAGUCAUUCCGUCCUUACUGAAUCUCAGGAGCCUCACUCUUGAUUUGAAAGCAGCAGCUGAGGAUGAUGUGGAAACUCUUGCUGAAGCAUUACCAAGCACUCCAGUGUUUGAGAGUCUGAGUUUGUCCCAGCUUGUUUUAGGUGACCGUGGAGCUGCAAUAUUAGGGAGAGCUCUUCAAAGUGUGCCAAAUCUGAAAUCAUUUAAUCUGUCCCAGUGCUCUGGCUGGACAACAGCUCGAGGGCGUGACCUGGUCAAAGGACUGGUGCAGUGCGCCUCACUGGCAGAGAUACGACUGGACUCUUUGGUACUUGAUGAGGAGGGGAUAACCAUCCUAGCGCAAGGCUUCAGCCAUUUGGACUCCCUUCGAAGGCUCAGCUUGAACAACAUUAGAGUGGUGACAUCAGAGACGUUUGUGAAUGGCACUGGCAUACUUUGUCUACUUGCCUCUUUUAAGGGGUUUAGACAGAUGGAAGAGAUUGAGUUGGAAAGUUGGCGAAUGGGAGAUGGUGGUACUUAUGAGCUUGUGAAAUACAUUCCUUCAUGGACUAAACUACUAAAGCUGAGUCUGUCAGACAACAGUAUAAGUGACCAGGCUGGAGAGAAGCUACUGGCGGCUCUAUCCCAUUGCAGAGCUCUUCAGAAACUACAGCUGUCCAAAAACAAGCUUGGUCAGGCCAGUGCUGCUAAACUAUCUCAAGUCCUUCCGUUACUGCCUCAGCUUUCAGAACUCAAUUUGUCAGAGAAUCAGUUUGACCCACAAGGAUCCAAGGCUCUUUGUGAAGGUCUCAUAAGCAUGAAGGCACUGAAAAUACUACAUUUGACUUCAUUUGGGAGUUCAGAUCUGGUUGAUGUGGCAUCAUCCCUCAAACACUGUCCAUCCAUAGAAGAUGUCAGCUUGUCAUGGAAUGGAUGUGGUGACAGUCUUGCAUCGACACUGGCUAAGAUUCUGCCCCUGUGUACAAAGCUGAAAAGACUUGACCUGGAGGCCAAUAAAAUAACCACGACUGGAGCCACAGCGAUAGCCAAAUGCCUCCCAUCAUGCCCCUCCAUUGAAGUAAUAAGACUCUGGAGGAAUCCAAUUGACAAAGAGGAUGAGAAUCUAAAAGAUCAGAGGCUGAACUUUUUAUCGGUUUAAUUACUUGUGUUCUUUUUUCUCUUUCCUUUUUUCAUAUUGUUAAUAAUAUUGGUGUAGUGCUAUUAUUAGUAGUUUUAACUUGAAAUUAUUUAAUCGGGGAACACAUUACCUCAUUAGAGCAAUUCAUUACACCAUUACAACAGCACACUUCUCAGAUGUUCGGGGACUGGAAUCAUUUAAUGCCCAUCUGAUGCAAACAAUAGGCUCUGAUCAGUAAAGAAAAAGAGCAGGUGACAUGCUGUGCCAAAAAAAAAAGCACAAUUAACUUUUCUAAAUUGCAACAAUUCGAAACAAUGAAAAUGUGACUUAUUAGCCAGUCGUAGCACAAUGAAGU